AUGUUUAAAACCAUGAUGAUGUUUAAAAAUUUUCAUUAUUAAAAUUAGCUGACAAUAAUUUAAGAAAAAGAGUUAGCUUAGAGUUAAACUCCUUAAAUACCUAACUAUUAAGCUAUAUUUUCUUAAUCGAUAUAUACUUACUAAAGUUUAUACGCUUCAAUUGAUUAAGACCAUUAUUUUAAUGGACCUAGUUAAUUUUUAGCUGAAUUUACUAUCUCUAACAUAUUUAGUCAAUCGGAAAUUAGGAGAACUUUGUCACAAAUAUCUCUUCGUUUUCACAAUUGCUUUUGCUCUCUUCGUCAGAUAUAAUAUGAUAUAUAAUGUUCACUCAAUUAAUUGAGAGAAGUUUUAGAAGAAUCGAGAAAUCCUUUUCAAGACUUUUUUUAAACAUAAAGUUUAUAUGAGAAAACUAAAUAUCUGAGCUUUGAAAAUCAAAAGGCUGUAUAUGAAAGUCUUAAAAAUCAGAAGACUUUAGAUCAGACCCUUGAAGAUCAGAGCCCAAAAUUCAAGAAAGAGAUAAGUCUAAUCAAUUAGAAUCUUAUAAAAUAGAUUCAAAGCCGAAAGAGAAAGAUUUAUUGGUAAUAAUAUUGA